AAGAGUAUUUGCAUCAGAAAAUAUUUGAUGAAAUUCAUUUAAAGCUGUCAUGCUCACAUUGUCGUUUGUAGGUAAACAACCUCAGGAUAUCAUAUUCCUGCUGAAAGCAGGCAAUAUAACUCUCUUUCUCGUUCUGGUAGUAGUCAGCACAGUGCUCAUAUUCUUCAUCAAAAAGAAGAAUUUCAGAUCAACGGGGGAGAGUCUGGAGCUACAAGAGUCUCGGCUCCAUCAUCCAGCUCUCAACCAGACCUCCUGCCGCUACACACAGCAAAUCCAGCAUGUCCAAAUUAACACUGUCGGAUUUGAUUUCAACACUAUUAAAGUGUCUAUAUGGGUCCACACCAGAGAGUAA